GGUCCCUUCUGCUGCAGUCUCCGCCUUGAAGUGCCUGAGGCCGGGCCGGGCGCAGACGUUGUCUGUCUACCCCGCCCCCUCCGAGCCGGAGAGGCGCCGCCGCCGCCGCAGAGGGGCCGGAGCAGCAGCAGCAGCGAGGAGGAGACACCCACGGCUUAACUCAAAGGCAGAAAACAUAGAAGCACAUACUGCAUCCAUGUUUGGGAAAAGAUAGUUACUACGGACAAAGGGGAUAAACAUCGACGACAUAAGAAAGAUGAGUAUGUUAAAACCAAGUGGGCUUAAGGCUCCUACCAAGAUCAGCAAGCCUGGAAGUACAGCAUUGAAAACAGCUGCAUCUGUUGCUGCUGCUCCAGCAGAAAAAGCAGUGUCCAGUGAAAAGCCGUCAAGCACCCCCACCUUGGAGGCACAUGAUGACUUUGUGGAUGACUUCAGAGUUGGGGAGCGUGUUUGGGUCAAUGGAAACAAACCUGGCUUUAUUCAGUUUCUUGGAGAAACACAGUUUGCUCCAGGACAGUGGGCAGGGAUUGUUCUAGAUGAACCCAUUGGCAAGAAUGAUGGAUCUGUAGCUGGAGUUCGCUAUUUCCAGUGUGAACCUUCACGGGGAAUAUUUACAAGGCCAUCAAAGCUGACAAGAAAAGUGCUGGCAGAAGAUGAAGCCAAUGGUACACAGACAGCUAAUGCUUCUAGAGCGACUUCACCAACCUCUACAUCAGCUGUUAGUAUUGUGUCUUCUCCCCCUGCAGCAGCUCCUCCUACAGGAAUUCCUCAGAAGACUUCACCACCAGCAGGCAAGGAACACUCUACUCCUACUCAAAUUAGCAAUCUUUCAAAAACUGCAAGUGAAUCUAUAUCAAACCUCUCUGAAGCUGGGUCUGUAAAGAAAGGAGAAAGAGAACUCAAAAUUGGAGAUCGAGUUUUGGUUGGUGGCACCAAAGCUGGAGUAGUACGUUUUCUGGGGGAAACUGACUUUGCUAAAGGAGAGUGGUGUGGAGUAGAAUUAGAUGAGCCUCUGGGAAAGAAUGACGGAGCAGUGGCUGGAACAAGGUAUUUUCAGUGUCAGCCAAAAUAUGGCUUGUUUGCACCAGUCCACAAAGUUACCAAGAUUGGAUUUCCAUCAACCACACCAGCUAAAGCCAAGGCAACUGUGAGAAAAGUGGUUGCAACGCCGUCAGCUCUGAAACGCAGUCCAAGUGCAUCUUCCCUGAGUUCUCUCAGUUCUGUGGCAUCAUCAGUAAGCAGCAAGCCAAGCCGUACAGGACUAUUAACAGAAACAUCUUCCCGAUAUGCAAGAAAAAUUUCUGGCACCACCGCCCUCCAGGAGGCUCUGAAGGAGAAGCAGCAGCAUAUUGAACAGCUUCUGGCAGAGAGGGACCUGGAGAGGGCUGAGGUCGCUAAAGCAACAAGUCAUGUAGGGGAAAUAGAGCAGGAGCUGGCAUUGGCUCGCGAUGGACAUGAUCAGCAUGUACUGGAAAUGGAAGCAAAAAUGGACCAGUUGCGGGCCAUGGUCGAAGCUGCUGAUAGGGAGAAAGUGGAGCUUCUCAACCAGCUUGAGGAAGAGAAAAGGAAGGUGGAGGAUCUUCAGUUCCGCGUAGAGGAAGAGUCCAUUACCAAAGGAGACCUGGAGGUGGCUACAGUAUCAGAAAAAUCUCGCAUCAUGGAACUAGAAAGAGAUCUAGCACUGCGGGUGAAGGAAGUAGCUGAACUCCGAAGGAGAUUAGAGUCUAGUAAGCCAGUCAGUGAUGUGGACAGUUCUCUCUCACUGCUACAAGAAAUAAGUUCUUUGCAAGAAAAAGUGGCAGAAAUUAGCAAAGAACAUCAAAAUGAAAUAAAUUCAGUAAAAGAGAAGUUUGGAAUCAGUGAAGAAUCUUAUCAGAAGGAGAUCAAAGCACUUUCAGCCUCACAUGAAAGAAUUGCAAAAGAAAAUGAGUUGUUGAAAACUAAGCUUGAUCGUGCCAACAAGGAGAAUUCAGAUGUGAUAGAGCUGUGGAAAUCAAAGCUGGAAUCUGCUAUUGCUUCACAUCAGCAAGCAAUGGAAGAACUAAAGAUUUCAUUCAGCAAAGGUGUUGGGGCUCAGACUGCUGAAUUCGCAGACCUAAAGACCAAGGUUGAGAAAAUGAGAUUAGAGCAUCAAAAUGAAACAUCAAAUUUAAAACUAAAACAAGAAAACGAAAGAUCUCAGCAUAUGAAAGAGAUUGAAGGUCUGAAAGCGAAGCUGUUGGAAAUCACUGAGGAGAGAGAGCGAAGCCUGGAAAACCUGAAGACCAAACUAGAAAAUGCAGAAGAUCAACAUCUAGUAGAAAUGGAAGACGCUUUAAACAAAUUACAGGAAGCAGAAAUAAAGGUAAAGGAGCUAGAGGUACUGCAAGCCAAGUGCAGUGAACAAACCAAGGUUAUUGAUAGUUUAACAACACAGAUCAAAGUUACUGAAGAAAAGAUUUUGGACCUUGAUGUGCUGCAGAAAGCCAAUUCUGAAGGUAAAUUGGAAAUCCAGAAACUUAGCAAGCAGCUUGAGGCAGCUGAGAAACUGAUACAAAACCUAGAGACUGAAAAGAUUGAUGGGAGUAGCAAGGCUAGUAAUCUGGCCAAAGAACUUCAGGGCAAAGAGCAAAGGCUUCUUGACCUGGACAAAGACUUGGGUGCAGUAAAUCAAGUUAAAGAUUCUUUGGAAAAGGAGCUUCAACUUUUGAAAGGAAAGUUUACUAGUGCCGCUGAAGAGGCGGAAAGUGUUCAAGAAUCUAUGCAAGAAACUAUUAAAAAACUAAACCAAAAAGAAGAGCAAUUUGCACUCAUGUCUUCGGAACUGGAUCAGUUAAAAUCUAAUUUGACAGUUAUGGAGAAGAAGUUGAAAGAGAGGGAAGAAAAAGAACAGCAGUUGACUGAAGCUAAAGCCAAACUCGAGAAUGAUAUAGCAGAAAUAAUGAAGUCCUCGGGAGAUAGUUCUUCUCAGCUUACAAAGAUGAAUGAUGAGCUGCGGUCAAAAGAAAGGAAGCUAGAAGAACUACAAAUUCAGCUUACAAAAUCAAAUGAAAAGGCAGCUCAGCUGCAGGAAAAUGUGGAACAGACAACACGUAACGCUGAACAGAACCAGCAGGAAACACUUAAGAAUCAUCAGGCUGAACUGAAGAAAAUGCAAGAUAAAUUAGUAGACCUGGAAAGGCAAAUUGAGAAAAGCCAAAAUCAGUGUAAGGAUCUGCAGAUGACGCAUGAAAAAACCAAUUCUGAGAUGAUCGCUGAGCACAAUGCAGCCAUCAAAGAGCUUAAACAGAAUCUGUUGAACACAGAAGAGAUGCUGAAAAGUGCAAAAAAGAAAAACAGCGACUUGGAAAAACAGGCUGAGGAGCUGAAAAAACAAGCAGAACUUGCCAAAUCUUUAACUUCUGUGUUAGCAUCAGCCAAAAAAGAGAUUGAACUAAUGUCAGACGAGAUGAGGGGUUUGAUAUCCGAGAAGGAGAUUCUGGCACAGGAGGGAAAUGCUUUAAAGUUAGAGAAAGGUUCACUAUUAUCAAAACUACUAGAGUUGGAAUCCAAGCUUAUGUUGUUGCAACAAGAUCAGGAAAAGCUUUGGACAAUAAAUGAAGAACUUGAUUCAGAAAAUAAAAAGAUCUUAAAGGAAAAGCAAGAAGCUGAAACUAAAAGUCAACAGGAUAGCACAGAAAAGGCAGCAUUGAUUUCUGAGAAACAAAAGUUAUUUAUUGAAAUAGGGACAACAGAGAAAGAUCUUCUAAAAAUAAGUAGAGAAAAUGAUGCUCUACGCUCUUCAGAAUCAGCACUGCUCCAACAGCUGGAAGAACUUCAGACCAGCAAAGAUGCUUUGGUUCUGGAAUCUCGGAAGCACAUUAAGGAAAGAGAAGAACUGGAGGAUAAUCAGAAAAAGCUUUCUGAGGAGAAUGCUACUCUUCUUAAAGACAAGGAUGAUGUCAUCCAGAAGCUGAAAAGCUCUUAUGAAGACCUGGCCAGAGAUCAAAAGGAUCUCCUGCAAGAAAUAUCUGCUCUGGCUGCAGAGAGAAAUUUAGUCUUGGAUAAAAAUUUGGCUCUUGAAAGCACAUAUGUGGACUUAAAAAAUGAAAGGGAUGAUCUGUUGCAAAAAAGUCAAGACCUGCAAUCCGAAAAGGAAGCACUUCUUAAAAGUCAGGAAGAGUUGCAUGUGAGCUUAGAAACUGCUCUAAAUGAGGAAAAGACCCUAAAUAUGAAAACUGAAGGACUGCAAACAGAGCUAGAUGCUGUGAUUAAAGAACUUAAAAAAGCUACCAAAGACAAUGUAGAGUUGCAGGCCUCCUAUGCUAGUCUAUCUAAACUGCUUGAAGAGAUUAAAGCCAGUAGGGAGUCAACAGACUCCGAAUGUAUCCAAUUACUACAAGAGAAGGAAGCUCUCUCUUCAUCUGAGCGGAGACUUUUGUCCGAGAGGGAGGAGCUUUUAAAUGAAAAUAAGGCAAUUGCGGAAAAGCUUGCCAAGACCUUAGAAGAUGCCGCCCUUGCUGAGAAAGCUCUAAAUGAGAAAAUAAGUCAACUGAGUAGAGAGAAAGAAUUGGCUUCUCAGAAGUCAGCGAAACUUAAAAAGCAGAAUGAUGCCCUUCUCAAAGAAAAGGACAUGUUAGAAACCAAAUGUGCAGAGCUGCUCACUGAAAAACAGUCUUCUGCAAAUGCACUGUGUGACUUGAAAAGAAAACAUGAGCUGGACAUCUCAGCCAAGAAAGCACUCGGUCAAGAGAAGGCAAAGCUCCAGAGUGCCAUUGAAAGCCUCAAGAGAGAACUGGACAAGAAAACCCAAGAAAAUCAAGAUCUAGUAGCCUAUAACUGUGAACUUUCAAAGUGUCUGAAAGAGGCUCAGAGUGCCAAAACACUGCUAGGAAAUGAACUUUCUGCUGUUUCGCAAGCCAAGCAAGUUCUGAUGGCUUCCUUCAAAACCUGUUCUUCCAGUAAGGAAAUGCUAGUCAAAGAGAGGACUGAAUUGCAAGAAGAAUGUCAAAAAUUAAAUGAAGAGGUCAAAAUUAUGCAGGAGAAUUUAACAAUAGAAAGGGAAGCUAGAAAGCUGGAAAAGGAUUCAUUCUUAUUGGGACAUGCAGAACUUCAGAACACCAUCAGCUUCUUAGAGAGGGAGAAGGAGCAGCUAACAGUUAAAAAUAAAGAAUUGCUGUCUGAGAAACAACUGCUGGUUCAGGAGAAACAAAAAUCUGAAUCCAAACUAGAGGAAAUCAUUAAAGAAAAGGAGGUUCUCAGCACAGAGACUGAUCAACUUGCCUCCAAUAUUGAAAAACUAAAGAGUGAUUUUGCUUCAUUGACUAAAUCGAAGGCGGAGCUCCAGAACUUGCACGCCUGUCUCUCCAAUAUCCUAGAAGAUCUUCGGCAUAGCCAUGAGGUGACUGAAUUGGAGCGAAUGAAGCUGCUCCAGGAAAAUGAGAGCCUGCUCGCGGAACAGAAGAAUCUGAUCAUGAUAAAGGAAGAAAUACUGAAAGAGAAGGAGAAGUUUUCUGAGGACUAUUACAAACUGCAUGAGGAAGUAAUGCUUUUAGCACAAACUAAUGGUGACCUUUCAGCCAACCUAUUGGUGUUGCAGAACAAAAAUCAGAUGCUACUGGUGGAGAAGGACAAACUUGCUUUGAAACUAAAAGAAAUUGAGGCUCUUCAGUCACAUACAGUAACGCAAAAAUCUGAGGCUGCUAAAAUGGCAGAAGAUGCUUUGCAGGUUGUGGAGCAGGUGACCAAAGAGAAGGAUGCCCUUCAUCAAGAAAAGAUCGAUACACUGGCCUCCUUGGAGGACUCCAGACAGACAAAUCAGAAACUGCAAAAUGAACUGGACAAACUUAAACAAAACAGCCUGAAAAACGAAGAGGAACUUAACCAGUCAAAAGAGCUUCUAAAUCUGGAGAACAAGAAAAUGGAAGAAUUUAGAAAAGAAGUAGAAGCGCUGAGACUGGCGGCUGCUCAGAAGUCCCAGCAGCUCACAGCCCUGCAAGAAGAGAACAUUAAACUUGCCGAGGAGCUGGGCAGGAGCAGGGACGAAGUCACAACUCAUCAGAAGCUGGAAGAGGAGAGAUCUGUACUUAAUAACCAGUUGUUAGAGAUGAAAAAGAGAGAAUCCGUAUUAAAAAAAGAAAUAGAUGAAGAGAGAGCUUCUUUACAGAAAUCCAUCAGUGUUACUAGUGCCUUGAUCACAGAGAAAGAUGAAGAACUGGAAAAACUCAGAAAUGAGAUCACAGUGCUCCGUGGAGAAAAUGCUUCUGCAAAAACCUUGCAGUCAGUAGUUCAGUCACUGGAGUCCGAUAAGUUGAAACUUGAGCAAAAGGUGAAGAACCUGGAGCAGAAACUCAAAGAGAACAAGAGACAGCCUUCUUCAAUCACUAGCUCCUCAGGUGACACUGCUACUAAUCCACUCCAAGAAGAAAAAGCAAAGGAGAGCCAGCAUAUGAUUGACUUCCUGAAUUCAGUAAUAGUGGAUCUUCAAAGGAAAAAUGAAGAAUUAAAGUUGAAGGUGGAAAUGAUGUCUGAAGCAGCUCUCAAUGGCAAUGAGGAGAUAAACAAUUAUGACAGCGAGGAUGAAAAUCAGUCAAAGAAAAAACCUCGCCUCUUCUGUGAUAUUUGCGACUGCUUUGAUCUCCAUGAAACUGAAGACUGUCCAACUCAGGCACAGGCAUCAGAUGACCCUCCCCAUUCGACUUAUCAUGGCAGCAGAAAAGAAGAGCGCCCCUAUUGUGAUAUCUGUGAGGUGUUUGGGCACUGGACAACCAAUUGCAAUGACGACGAGACCUACUAAUGCAAUACAAGGCCAGGAAAACAAACUUUAUUUGUAUGCACUAAUUGGACAGUUUACCCCACCAGCAUUUGUGUGUACAGACAUCAGGAAAAGGGACAGUGAUUCUUGACACACGCAUCCUCGGUUUCAAACCUAUAGAUAUUUUGAACUUCCAUUCAUAAAGAUCUUAUUCUCCCCCUUAAUAAACUAAAGUGAAGUAUAAAUAAAUUAUUUAAUAAUUACUUUUUGUCAUUUAUUCCCAACUUCUGGGUAUGAACAAUUUCUAACAAGAAAUGUCCCCUAUGCCAUUAAAUUUAUCUAUAGGAAAAAUUUAUAGGAACAAAGUAUUAUAGUUAUGUUAUAGCUUAUUUAAAUACCUUAAAAUUAUGCUGUUAAUUUUCAUAUUUGCACUAAGACAUUUUAAGGCUGCAUUUGUAUAUUUAGAUUUUUUUUAAGCUUUUGACACUGGAAUGAGUUGAGAAAUAUUUCAUCAUUUUCAUCUACUUGUUAACUGUUUUACUGUGCUCUUGAUCAAAAAACAUGAGCUCUGUGCACUACAUAUAUACGUAGUGCCUUUCUUUCCAUUGGACUACAGUAUGAAAUUUAUAAAAUCAUGAAGCAGGUAAGAAAACAUAAGCUACUAUGGGGAAUUUUUAAAAACCUGUAUGCUGUGCACACUUACUGCCAUUUAUGUGACAUCCAUUUUUUUGCAUUAUUUCAGCUCCUAUAGAGUGUGUGUAUAUAUACAUAUAUAUAUAUUAAAAAUUAUAUUUUGGAAAAAACAUGUCUUCUCAUUCACGUUUUUAAAUUAUAUUACAAGUCAUCACAGGACCUGUUUAUGGGAUAAACAGUACAACAUGACUACUUCAUUUGUUGACUUAAAAAUAUAAAACCACCUCAGUAUUGGGAGAUUUUUAUUAAUGUGUUUCCUGUGAAAAAAAUCUUUCAGCACACUUGUAUCCUCUAGCAGGUUUUCAGUAAAGUCUAUAGGAAACUACGCAUUUAUGCUAACUAUUUCAUGAUACAGUUUCCCUGGUUUUUAUUUUAUUUUCAGAUGAAUGUAACAUGGAAAAUUCAACAUUAAUAACUGUGGAUUUUCUUAUAAGCAAAAACAUAACAAGGAAUGAAGAAAUCUAAACCAUCAGAACACAAUGUGGUCUAGCUUAUGUCACUUGUUCUAAUGUUGAGAUGUACCUUAUUACAUGGACAGUUAAAUUAGUUUUAGAGGGGCUGCUCAUAUAGUAAGAAAACACUCAACAUGAGCCAGGGUGGACCCAUCGGCCCCUAAAUAAUUUAUUCAGAUGGUUUAAAUCUAUCUUCUUUUGAAUGUCUUCUAGCAUAUGUAAAAAGGACUGAAACUAUACUGCAUCUUCCCUGCUACCUGUACAAUAUACAGUAUAGGGUUUACUCUUUUAUAUAACUGUAUAUAAGCCUUUGAUGUAUUUUUCUCAAGAUUAUCAACCAAGUAUCUGGCACAUGAUAUAAAGUAAAUCUGUAAUCAUUUUAAAUUUGGGGUAACGAAUGUAUUAUAGUAAUAGGAACAAAAGCAGGGAAAUCAGUAUUAAUUUGAAGAAUUGAGUGUACUGUAUCUCCUUUAAUAAAUGGUUAUUCUCGUCA